AAUCUGAUCUUGAUGCUCUUUAUCGAAUGGCUUUACAAAAUCAAACAGCUUAUAAAUCUGUCGAACAGAAACGUAUUGAAGAACGUAAAUUGCAUGAUAAAGAAUUUGCUUCACAAUAUCGAGCUCUCAAAGGUAGCAUGCGAUCGCUUGGUUUUACUAAUAAAACUAAUUAA